GCUGGAGUGCAAUGGCGUGAUCACAGCUCACUGCAACCUCCGCCUCCCGGGUUCAAGCGAUUCUCCUGCCUCAGCCUCCCGAGUAGCUGGGAUUACAGGUGCCCUCCACCACGCCUGGCCAGAGACCCUCUAUUUUACUGCCUUCAAGGACGAAGACCCUCCAGUCUUCCAUAGGGAAAGGAGAAGGGCGGUGGCCAAGCUGAUCAGGGUUGGGGCAUGGAUCUGGGAGUUAUGAUGAUUCCACAACGGACUUUCAACCAACCUUCACAUUUUUUCGACUUUUCAAGCUGUCAUGGGGUCCACAUGGCAAGGAGCUGAAGACCUCCGGCCAACAGUCAGUGAAGAACUCAGGCCAUCAGUCUAACAGUCUGUGAAAAAUUGAGUCUUUCCAACAGCCAUAGUCUCGUGCUAUUGCCCAGGCUGAAGUACAGCGGUGCAGUCACAGCUCACUGCAGCCUUGAACUCCUGGACUCAAGUGAUUCUUCUGCCUCAGUUUCCACAAAUGCUGGGUUUAUAGUCAUGAGUCACCAUGUCUGGCCAAAAUCAUGCUUUUAACUAUACAGUACUGCUUGCCUGAUAAAAGAGGAACCAAGCUGUUCCUGCGAGGGCCACCUCCUCAGGAAGACCCCGCAGCUCUCCCGAGGCGCUUCUGCAGGAAGCAGCGCCAGUUUCGACAACCCGGGCCUUCCCCUUCCAGUGCCUCCGGGGGUUCCGGCGUCUCGGGCGCUGCUGUUUUCCGGGAAGGGCAGGCGCGCUGGGCCUUGGGGAGCUGCGCUCGGCGGGCGGACUCGGGAAUCAUGGAAGCUGAUAAAGACAACACACAACAAAUUCUUAAGGAGCAUUCGCCAGAUGAAUUUAUAAAAGAUGAACAAAAUAAGGGACUAAUUGAUGAAAUUACAAAGAAAAAUAUUCAACUAAAGAAGGAGAUCCAAAAGCUUGAAAUGGAGUUACAAGAGGCUACCAAAGAAUUCCAGAUUAAAGAGGAUAUUCCUGAAACAAAGAUGAAAUUCUUAUCAGUUGAAACUCCUGAGAAUGACAGCCAGUUGUCAAAUAUCUCCUGUUCAUUUCAAGUGAGCUCGAAAGUUCCUUAUGAGCUACAAAAAGGACAAGCACUUAUCACCUUUGAAAAAGAAGAAGUUGCUCAAAAUGUGGUAAGCAUGAGUAAACAUCAGGUGCAGAUAAAAGAUGUAAAUCUGGAGGUUACGGCCAAGCCAGUUCUGUUAAACUCAGGAGUCAGAUUCCAGGUUUAUGUAGAAGUUUCUAAAAUGAAAAUCAAUGUUACUGAAAUUCCUGACACAUUGCCUGAAGAUCAAAUGAGAGACAAACUAGAGCUGAGCUUUUCAAAGUCCCGAAAUGGAGGCGGAGAGGUGGACUGCGUAGACUACGACAGACAGUCCGGGAGUGCAGUCAUCAUGUUUGUGGAGAUUGGAGUGGCUGACAAGAUUUUGAAAAAGAAAGAAUACCCUCUUUAUAUAAAUCAAACCUGCCAUAGAGUUACUGUUUCUCCAUACACAGAAAUACACUUGAAAAAGUAUCAGGUAUUUUCAGGAACAUCUAAGAGGACAGUGCUUCUGACGGGAAUGGAAGGCAUUCAAAUGGAUGAAGAAAUUGUGGAGGAUUUAAUUAACAUUCACUUUCAACGGGCAAAGAAUGGAGGUGGAGAAGUAGAUGUGGUCAAGUGUUCUCUAGGUCAACCUCACAUAGCAUACUUUGAAGAAUAGACUUAACAGAAUCAUGAAAACUAUAGCUUUUUAACCCGGAUUACUGUAAAUGUUUGACAAAAAUGAAUAUGCUUUUCCUUAAAAAAUGAAAACUUUAAUUUUUACCAUCCAUUUAUGUUUAGAUACAAAACUUAUUUCCAUGUUUCUGAAUCUUCUUUGUUUCAAACGGUGCUGCAUCUUUUCAACUACAAUAAGUGCACUGUAAUAAAAAGUUUUGUUUAUA